AUGGGGUUCUCUGGACAUCAAGGAAUGAUAAUUACAGUUUUACUUAAUGCCAGUCAAGCAAUAGGAAGACCAUUGAUUGGUUAUCUUAGUGAGAAAUUUGGAAGAACCAAUUUUACAAUGUUUGCAACUUUUUAUACUGCUGUUAUGUCUCUUGCAUUUUGGAUAAACGUUAAUAAUUAUGCUGCUUUAGUAAUAUUCACAUUGAUGAUUGGUUUAUUAGUUGGGAUAAGUUCAGUUAAUGUCGUUCCAUUGGUUGCUGAUGUGGUUGGAUUAAAUUCAUUUGCAAGUGGGUUGGGAUAUGCAAAUACAAUAAAUGCAAUCAUGUCUUUAAUUGCAGAAGUGAUUGGAUUAAAUUUACGUGACUACUCAUCACCAAAUAGAAAUCCUUAUUUCCAUUGUCAAAUCUUUGUUGGUGUUUUAUAUUUUUGUGGAUUUAUUGCCUUAAUACCAUAUAGGGAAUGGAAAGUUAGAAGAAUGCUUCAUCAAUUGAAAGACUCUAAAAAAUUGACACAAGAUGAAAGGAAAUCAUUCAAUGAUUUAUUAGAAAAUAAAGGGUUUAUUGGAUAUUUACAAAGAGCUUUCCAUUUUACCAUUACUUAG